CGAGCCACCGUGAAAAGCUAUGGAUCGGCACGCGUUGAGAUGUUUCCACAACCUACUGUGAUAAUGAGAUAAAACACGGCUUAAAAGCAACGAAAAACUUGAUAGUAUCUAGUGUUCUUAUCUAAAACAAAGUGACAGUGGCCGCUAACGAGCUAUUAUCCGAAUAAAUGUCGCAAAUUUUGCCUUAUUAAAAUUGCCUUAUUUUUGUUUCCAACGAAAGUUUUCCUCGCCUAGCUAAAUUUUUACAACGCUUACUAUAUCGGUGUGUAAUGUUCUUUAUAUGGGUCAAUCUCUAAAAGUGCCAUUUUUGGAUCUUACUCAUAAACUAACCUUUUAAAACAAGCGACUGACCCAUAUACGGUACUUUUAAAGCAAAUUGUUAUACCUACUGAAUUUAUUGUAACGAGCUGAAAAUAGUGCAAAAGUUUUUGAAAUUUUUUGUGUGAGAAAUAAUGCAACGAUAUUGUAACUCCUGAUAAACUUUUUUACAAAACUAGUUGAUAUGCCAGUUAGAAGAGGAUUGGUAGCACCCAGAACUACACUCAUUGAAACAAUCAUAAGAAAGUUUGAUACUGACAAUCGUUCAUUUUUGGUAGCCAACAGCAGAGAGGGGCAAUGUCACAUAAUCUAUUGUUCGGACGGCUUUUGUCGCUUGACAGGGUAUUCGAGGGCCGAGGUAAUGCAGAGACCUGCCUCUUGCGAGUUCCUGUGCGGUCCGCUAACUUCACAGCAGGCCGUCGCGAAUCUCAGGGAGGCCCUGCAAGAUGGCGUCGAAAAACACGCCGAGAUUUUAUAUUACAGAAAAGACGGGACCAAGUUUCUAUGCUCCGAGGUGAUAGCACCUAUAAGAAGCGAGGUGGAUGACAUCAGUUUAAUCAUCAUAAAUUUCGAAGAUUUGACAACGGUGCCAGCCUCGUCUCUAGAGAAUAGUCCCAUAGGAAAAAAUAGGUUAAGUAAAUUUGGAAGAGCUCGAGCGUCCUUUCGCCAAAGUCUGAGGAUAGGAUCCAGCAUUCGGGGAAGGGGGCUUAGACUUGCAGGGUAUCUUACUCCACCCAGUGACGUCACUGCCGCCGAAGAAGAAGAAGACAGAUUGGAGCAAUGCCCUUUGACUUCGAGUGCCCCCGUGCCUAUUCUAGAACAGACAUGGGUUUCGAAGCCAGAAGCGGCUGCAGUCCCUUUACAGACCACCAUCCCUUCAUCUGCUCAAAUAAAAGACUAUACGGCCUUGACGAUAUCACAUAGUGCACCUGCCAGUCAUCAGGCCUCCUUCGAGAGGGGAGAGAGCAUUGAAAGGACUCGACCUCUCCACUCCACGAAUAAUAGUAAUAGGCAACAUCACGUCAUACAGAAUAGAGUUUCGCAUGCUACCAGUUUAGAUGCCAUAGCUAGACGACAAUGCUUUAAAACUGGAUACCCUACCGUUAGUCUUUCAAAUAAACCUCAGUUAAGUAAGCAAUUUCCAAACGUUUCGUCCGAAAGCGAUCUUCAGAGGUACAGAACAGCACAUGGUAGCGACAGAAAGAGCCCUAGCCUGUCCAACCCCACCGAGUCCCUGAAGCAAAAGGUUUGUCCUCAAUUUUCUUUCCAAGAUAAUGGGUCCGCCAAAUAUUUCCAAAGCGGAAUCCACACUCCAAAAAUGGGCGAGAAAGUUGCUCAGAAAAUGACAGCGGCAAGAGUUGAGCUGCCAUUGGCUCCGAAAUCCCCUCUGUCCUCUUUGGUACUCUCACUGGGCGCUGACGUCCUACCUGAGUACAAACUUCAAAACCCGCGAAUACACAACUACACAAUUCUCCAUUACUCUCCCUUCAAAGCCGUCUGGGACUGGAUCAUCCUCAUUCUGGUCAUCUACACCGCCAUUUUUACACCUUACGUCGCAGCUUUUUUAUUAGGAGAACCGGAUUUCAACAACAGGAAAAAUAAGAAGUACAGCGAGGAUCCGAUAGUCAUUAUCGAUCUCAUAGUCGAUGUGACGUUCAUAAUAGACAUUCUAAUAAACUUCCGCACGACAUACGUCACCGGAAAUGACGAAGUUGUGUCGGAUCCGGGGAAAAUCGCCUUUCACUACUUGAAAGGAUGGUUCCUGAUCGACUUGGUGGCGGCGGUACCCUUCGACCUCCUCUUCUUCGGUACCGACACAGAUGAAUUGGGCUUGGAUAAAGACGAGACGACCACAUUAAUCGGUCUGCUGAAAACAGCCCGGCUCUUGAGGCUGGUCAGAGUCGCCAGGAAAAUAGAUCGAUACUCGGAGUAUGGAGCUGCAGUUCUUCUCCUUCUGAUGGCAACUUUCGCACUCAUCGCCCAUUGGAUGGCAUGCAUAUGGUAUGCAAUAGGAAAUGCCGAAAGACCAAUGCUCCCAACUAAAAUCGGCUGGUUGGACAUUUUAGCCAAUGACACCCAACAGUAUUACCUACCAAACAAUACAGGAGGUCCGAGUAUACGAAGCAGAUACGUCACUGCGUUAUAUUUUACGUUCACUUCUCUGACAAGCGUAGGAUUUGGCAACGUGGCUCCCAACACUGACGCCGAAAAGAUCUUCACUAUCUGCGUCAUGUUGGCAGGAUCUCUCAUGUAUGCCAGCAUCUUCGGUAACGUUUCGGCGAUCAUCCAACGACUAUACUCAGGCACAGCGAGAUAUCAUACUCAGAUGCUCAGAGUGCGUGAAUUUAUCCGGUUCCACCAGAUCCCAAAUCCGUUGAGACAACGGUUAGAGGAGUAUUUCCAACACGCCUGGACGUAUACGAACGGUAUAGACAUGAAUUCCGUUUUGAAAGGAUUUCCGGAGUGUCUACAAGCAGAUAUAUGUCUACAUUUAAAUAGGAAUUUGUUGCAGAAUUGUAGCGUGUUUGACGGUGCCAGUCCUGGAUGUUUAAGAGCCCUUUCGCUCAAAUUCAAAACUACUCACGCACCUCCCGGGGACACUUUGGUUCAUCGAGGGGAUGUACUGACGUCACUGUACUUCAUAUCAAGAGGUUCUAUAGAAAUUUUAAGAGACGAUGUUGUUAUGGCAAUUUUAGGUAAAUAUGAUAUUUUUGGAGAAAAUCCCUGUUUACAUCCCACAUUGGGAAAAUCUGCGUGUAAUGUUCGGGCCCUGACAUACUGUGAUCUUCAUAAAAUUCACAGGGACGAUCUGCUAGACGUUUUGGAGCUCUAUCCUGAGUUCUUCACGCAUUUUUUGAAUAAUUUAGAGGUUACUUUUAAUUUAAGAGAUGAUGAGCAAGCUGGAGUUGUUCCAAGGCGGUCGUUUUAUCCAAAGGAUAAAGAAAAUAGAUAUUUCCGUGGGGUACCUUCGGCUAGAUCGAAUGGUGUCUCAAGUCGUGGUAAUUCUGUGAACGGGCGACAGGAGUCACAAUACAGUGAUGAAUCGGAGUCAGGUCACGGAAUUCUGGAAUUUUCAACGGAUAAAGCCGGUCAAGACGUGACUCCGCUGAAUCUGGAUUUCGGCGAAGAAAAAAGGAGAUCAUCAACUCUAAAUUCCAUUACAGGCAUGCUAUCUCAACUCAAAAGAAGUAUCCCAGACCUAAGGUUACACAAAACACACCAGCCACUCAUAGCACAGUCCACUCCUCCCUCCAGCCAUAGGAUACGCACAAUACGAAGACAGUCCUCGAUCGGGGCUUAUCACCACCAAGAUGCCACGACUAUCGCGUCGACGCAACAACAAAGUGCGCCUCAGCAACCGCAGCUCAUCUCCGGACCUCUUUCUAGCAGUACCAGUUACUACACCAACAGUCCUAGUCCUCCACAUGUGACUGAUACCGGCGGGACGCACGUCCAAGAAAUACUGGUGCCGCUAGAGCCAUCGUCGACUUCCAUUCAUCUUCAACAACAUUCCACUAUAGAGACGUUAACACAUUCGGAUAAUUUAGUGAUAAGUAGAAGCAUAUUGGAGCAUAUCAAUAGCAAGUUGGAUCAUCUGACAAAACGUGUGAAUUCCCUGGAGACAACACUAGCGAGUGAUGUCAAAACGAUUUUGUCGUUGUUGCAGGCGCAACAGCAACCUAGUAGUAGUGAAGAUUCGACUGUUAAACAAGAGAUGCCUGAAUACGAAAAUAUAGCAAUAGAUCCCAGUAGAACUAGAUAUACAUUUCAAAGAUCAGUUAGUGAACCCAAACCAAUAUCAAAAAAUCAUCAUUCCCAAGUUCUUCAUAGGUUUGCAUCAUUUAACAAAGCUUUUGAUUUCGACAAAGGACCUGAACUUCCUUGGGCGGAAUGUUCAAUAACAAUAGAAAAAGACAAGGAAGAUAAACCAGCUCCAAUAGCUAAGCUGGAGUCUUUAGACGAGCUAGACCUGGAAUCUCCUCUAGGAAGUCCAAAAAAGCCGAAGAAAUAACAGAAUUGUUUUUAAGAAGUCGUUUUUUUUUUAAUUAUAAUUAUACAUAUUAUAAAUAAGAAUUAAAGAAAAUGUUGUCUGAAAAGGUCAAGUUAUAUCCAAACUGAUGGUCCCAAUAUUUGGGACAAGCUUUUAUAGACUGUUAAAUAAUAUAUUGUUGUACAUUUAUGAAAACAGUGAGAUAUAUAAAAAAAUUAUUUCCGUAUAUUUAAGGGCAAUACAAACUUUGUUUAUUAACACGAAGUUAUGUACGAAAAAAACUCGAAAUUUUAUCACAAUUCAUUAACCUCUUGAAAAAUGUUUUGGCCUUGGUAUAUGUGCAUACUUAACACUAAAUUGUUCUUCAUGUGCACUCUUCAGUCUAGUUCUAUUGUUGAAUUGAUAAAUAGGAAAGAUCAUAAUUAAAACAUAUUUUUUAUUCAUUUAAUAAAAUCAUUUAAAACAUAAUGUGUCUUAAACAAUUUCUGAAGUUUUAUAGAAAAAUAUUGAAACCAAAAUAUAUCCCUAAAUAAGUAUUUCGUAUACAGGGUGUCCCAGACUAGUUUAUCCAGGCUAUAUCUCUUAAACGAAUAGAGAUUUUCGAUUGGAACAAAAACUGAUAUAUUCCAUUUAUAACACUCUUUAAUAUGGCGUAGAAAAAAUCAUCCCCUAAAUAUUCAUUUCUUGGUUACAACCCCUAACUUUAAUUUUUUUAAUAGCACCCUGUACAUUUUUUAUAGUUUUCGAUGUGAUCUUCUAUCGUCUAUUCAGCAGAUUUUUAAAAAUAAAAUCGGUUUGUAAGUAAUCAAGAAAAUAUCAGUUUAUUUUUGUUAAUUAUGUGUCCCAGACUAAUUUAUCCAGGCUAUAUUUCUUAAACGAAUAGAGAUUUUCGAAUAAGGCAAAAACUGAUCUAUUCCAUUUGUAAUACACUUUAAUAUGACCAGAAAAAAAAUAAUACCCUAAAUAUUCAUCCCUUAGUUACAACCCCUAACUUGAGUUUUUUAAUAACACCCUGUAACUAAGGGAUAAAUAUUUAGUAUCUAGAUGAUUUUUACGCCAUCUUAAAGUGCAUUACAAAUAGAAUAGAUAAGCUUUUGUCCCAUUCGAAAAUUCCUAUUCGUUUAAGAAAUAUAGCCUGGACAAAUUAGUCUGGGACACAUAAUUAACAAAAAUAAACUUAUAUUUUCUUGAUUACUUACGCACCGAUUUUAUUCUUAAAAAAUCUGUUGAAUAGACGAUAAAAGAUCACAUCCAAAACUAUAAAAAAAUGUACAGGGUGCUAUUAAAAAAAUUAAAGUUAGGGUUUGUAACUAAGGGAUGAAUAUUUAGGGGAUGAUUUUUGCUACGCCAUAUUUCAAAUGGAAUAGAUCAGUUUUUGUUCCAUUCGAAAAUCUCUAUUCAUUUAAGAGAUAUAACCUGGAUAAAUUAGUCUGGGACACCCUGUACCUAUACCGUAUAUACAGUGCUAGUCAAAAGUCCCCUCGCCCCUUUUGAACGGUCAUAUUUUAAUAGUGAAAUUUGGAGGGAGAAAAUAAACGGACGUAGGCUUCCCAAAUGCGAGAUUUCACUUUCUCCAGGACUUUUAUUAUGGGAGAAUUUGGACCAAUCACGGGUCACGGAUUUUAGAUUUGACACUUAACAAUUUAAUGGCAACUUUCGAAAAUAGACCUUAUGGACCCGUUUACCACAGUAGGCACAGUAUUAACAACAAAUUUCUUUUUAUACCUCUUUCAUUUUGUGGUAUUUUUAUCCAUUUUUAUUUUGUUGUGUAGUAUUCUGUACUUUCAUUGAUAUUUGUAGGUUAAUUGGAUUUACAUUUAUCAAAAUAGAGUGAACUCUGAAAAUGAAUUCAAAUGCAGAAGGUGUAAGUGUAAUAAUAUGUAUGUGUAAUGAUAUGCAAUAAUGAUAAUAAUGUUAUGAAAAUGUAAAAUAAAUACACCUGAAAUAUAAAUAAAAGUGUUUUAAUUUAUUAUCAAAACAAAUUUUAAAUAAUAAAUGAGGCAUUUUUGUUAGAUCUAACUUCCAAAAAACAAGUUACAAUCAAAGAAAUAAAAUAAUUAGGAGGUCAUCGAUUGUAUUAGGACAUUUUUUCACAUUUUUCUAUACUUGGAGUCACACAAAAAAAGAGUAAAUACUUUUGGAAUGUUUAUAAAUUCUUUAUAGAAAAACAACCAAUGUCAUCUUGUUCUUAUUAUGGUAUUCCCUUUAGUACAGACUUUGAAUGAAUCCAAUUCAAAUCUACACGCGCCAGAUAUAACCACACACAAUACCCCUUAAAUCGUUAAACGUACACACAUUUAAAAAAUGACCAGAAAUGCCUAAAAUGAAAUAAACACAUAAAUACCAUUCUAGUUCUUAUUUUACCCGAAUUAUUUAUUAUUGUCUAAUAAGUAAAGUAUACCUACACAAAAUUGAUAAAGAAUGAUGAGCAACAGCUCUAACAGCUGUUCAAGUGUCAAAUCGAAAAUACACAAGUCCUGGAGAAACUGAAAUCUCGCUUCUCAAAUAACAGGUGACGUAAUAGUGACAGAUGACGUUAUAGAGCCACUUUGACAGAUAAUUUUAAACACGACCUUAUGGCAAAUAAUAUCUCGUUUCAAAGGUACUAAAAAUACAUAUUCAAUCAUACUAAUUUUGUUGGGGUUUAAGUUGAUUUUGAUGAAUAAAUUAAAUAAUUAAUAAUAAAUUAUUAUUGUAGUAUCGCAUUUAAUUAAUAAAGAUUCAAACGUCCGCCUAUGGUUAUUUGUAAAAAACGUUGACAUUCACGUAAAAACAACUGGAGAAUUGAAAAACGUCAACAGAAAUAUAUUAAGAAACGAGGAAGUUCGUAGACGAACCGGAGUGGAAGAUAUUAUCGAACGUAUUAAAAAGCAAAAAUGGAGAUGGGCGAGACAUAUUGCAAGAAUGAAAGACAACAGAUGGACAAAAUAAUUGCUUGAGUAGAGACCACGAGUAGACAAGCUAAGCCCACAAGGCUAAGACCCGGCGCAAAUUGAAACUAAGCCAGACACAACCUGCGCCGGCGGGAAGGGUGAUCCGUGCAUAUAUUUUUUUAGCGUGCCGCAUAUUGAACACAACCUAACCCAACCGUUGGCUAUCGACGUGGCGAAUAGAGACGGGUAAAUCAGUGCGGACAUGUAACGGUUACUUUUGAUACCGGUUCUCAGUGGUACUGAGUACAAAUACUGAUUACAAAAUACUGAUGAAUCUGAUCCUUGUACUGAAUUGAGUAGGCAACUUAAAAUCGGUAUUGCCGUACUUGUAACUAGUAACGUUUUAAUAAUAUCUUACACGUCCCUAGUAGUCGUAGCGGUAUGACUUUCGAAAACAUCGAAUUUGAUCAUAAGCGGGUGCAUAAAACGAUAUUUUACACUGAGUAUUUUAUUUCUGCACAUAAUACCUACAUAUUUAAAAUAAUCUCUCCCCUACUGCUCGGUCAUAACUCAUAUUCCUCAAUUUACUGCUCGGAUCACAAUCAUUUACAAUUACUGCAGGAUCGCAAUCAUUUACAAUUACUGCAGGUCAUAAUUCAUAAACCCUCCGCUACUGAUCGGUCAUAAAAAAUAACACUAUUUGUAAUAAACAAAAAUGUAAUAUGCUGACAAGUUGAAUUUGAGGGUAAUACGAUAUUUUUAUCGAUCACGGUUUUAAGUAACAUGAAUAUUUUCUAAUAAUGUGUUUUUGUAAAGGCAUAACUUUGAUUAUUAAUUUCGUAUAGCCGCUUAUUUAGUCUACCAAAAGUUAUCAGAAUUUAAUGACAAAGACAACGCAGUUUUCGCUCGGGGUGUUGACUAUGCUAAUAUUUUUAUUUAUCAUAAUAAAUUGUACUUAGGUACCAUCCGUAUUCAUUUCAGAUACGUCCACUUCGCAAACAAAAUCAAGUAAACAUAAACAUCUGGCGGUGAGUCACGCGUCCCACGGCCCAAGAAAACUGUACGCCGAUGACAAAUGUUCCCAAGCUUGACCUGCGAACGAAUGAACUGAUAGUAGUAUGCGCAGAACUGUUUACGCAGUUCGCCGGCGCAGGUUGUGUCUGGCUUAGGUUCAAUUUGCGCCGGACCUUAGGAAGACCCACAACGCGAUGGAACGACGACCUCAAAAGAAUUGUGACCAAUUGGAUAGCAGAUGCGCAGAACAGAAGAAGAGGAGGUCUAUGUUCAAAAAUGGACAAAUCAGGGCUGAUUGAUGAUGAUGAAUGACGUUUAAGAAUAGUCUUUAAUAUUCUCAAGAAGAUUAAAUUGGACGGAAGAGAUAGUAAAAAAAUUGGUUAUUGGUAUACAAAUCAGGUUGCUUUUGCUUGAAUUGAUCGAAACCCAUAGAAAGCAGUGGCGGAACCAGGGGGUGUCUCGGGGAUCAUGACCCCCAGACGUCCAAAAAACCAAGAGCUCUCAAACAAAAAAGAAAAGAAAUUUGAGGCCCAUCCAAAAAAUAAUUGUAAACCCACUUAUCCUGAGUGCUAAGACCAAGUGACCGUGCAUCAGAGAAAAGUAAUUAAAUCACCCUCAAGACCCAUUAUGACCCCCCUCCUGAAAAAAAUUUCUGGAUCCGCCACUGAUAGAAAGACAUGUGAGAUAUAGGGUUGUGAACUUUCGCUUUUGAUGUUACAUAUAUGUAUACUAAAAAUUUAUUGUUAGAUGAAUCAAGAAGUUAUAAAUAUAAAUAUGUUGUUGUCAACGAAGUUGCUAUUAACAACUUCUAUUCAAAUGUUAUAGAGAAAAUAGAUAGUAGAUAGCAAGAAUCGUAACCCUAACAAUUAUUCUCAUGAAAAGUCGCAGGAUUUUAUAGAGAGUGUAACAAAUUAUAAAUGCCUAGUUUUUGAGAAGAAGGGAGCUGGAAACUUUUACAUAACUUAAAAUUUGCUGUCCCGAGAUGCAUCUCGAUAUAGUCAAUUGUGGGUUUUAGGAUCCUAAAUACAAAUACUGAAGAAACUAAAAGUGCGAAUUUUGUCAUAAAAUUUGGUAUGCGGUGUUGGAAUAAUAUUUGGAACAACUUUUUCAAAUAUCUUUUUUCGAUAUCUCUAAAGCGAAGCAAAAUAUCGGAAAUUCACCCUGUUUGUGGAUUCGCAGUACCUACCUAGGCUGCGUUUAUAAUUUAAAUUUCAAUUGACUAUCUUAAAAAAUGUGAACCAUCAACCUGUAUGACUGUGCAAAAUUUCAAAUCUGCAUUUAUUUUGAUAGCCGAAAUAUAGGGGUGUCUUCAUCUUUUGCAACACAUUAUAUAAUAUAUUCAAUAGUAUUGUGUAUAGUCACGUGCUUGUGCAUGGAAUAAACGUAAAUUUCUUAAUUUGUUCAUGGCUAUGGUUUGUGCGUCUCUAGUUGUAAAACAACAUAGUUACAUCUUCAGUUAUAUACCAAGGCAAAACAACUUGUAUAAAGAUAUAGUAUUAUUAAAAUAAUAUAUUGAACAUUCCAAUAUUUACAAUGUGAUAUAUAUCCGACUAACCGAUUAAUCUAAUAAUUUUAACCCUGCAUUGGCUUGAUAUUUUAUAGUGUGUAAGAAUCAAUUGGUGAUAAAACUCUCUUUGUAUGAAAGCUUAAAAAUUUUAUCAAUUAUCAUAAGAAAAUCAUCAACCAAGUUGCCAUGACUACAAAAAAUAAAUAGAAAGAAGAAUAAAGAACAUAUUUUUGAAUGGAGAGAUUUGUUGAGAGAGAAACUGUUACAUAAUGAAAAAAUGGGAAGUAGUUGCUGAAAAGAGUAAAAUAAAUAACAGUUGUAUUGACAACCAAAGAAAGAAGACAACUAUUUGGAAAUAAGCAGUACCUAUAGAUUGAUAAAAAAAACUUACAUUGCAUGGAAAAACUAUAAAUGUACCAUUAUCAGACAGCCUCUAAUCUAUAGAGCCUAUUGUAAGAGACAGAGAAAUAAGGUAUCAUUUCAUGAUGAAGUUUUACUCAGAAAAUAUUGUUAGUAAAGCAUCCGACAGGAUUGCUCCAUAGGAACAACUACAGGCAGAAACAAUAUGCAAUAAAAAUAAAUAAUAUAGUUGUAGAAGACAAUGAUGACAUGCAAAGUGCAAUGUAUGGUCCAUAUUACUAUGAGAGAUGCAAAUACGAUAUCAAAUCAGAUCCAAGGUAUAACUCAGGCUUAGCUAGACUCCAUCACUCUUGAAAAUAUACCUAUAGAGGUUCAUAUAUUUGGAAAGAGAUAUAAUUAGCCAAUUAGACCUCUUGAAACAAGUGAUAAGGUGCAUUCAAGUACAAAAGUACAAGACAACAUGAUAACCAGAUCUACAUAAGAAAAUAAAGGAGGUAGGUGGAAUAUAAAGAAAAAAGAAGUUUUCUAACUUAGAAAUGAACAAGGACAAAUGGCACAAGAUUAUAGAGAGAGGAAACUCAUAUAGGAAAAAUAUAUCAGCAAAUCUCUUUGCAGACGAGGGGCUUGAGCUGGAAGUCGUUCAGGAAAAAGUGAUAGAUGUUAACAAAUUAUCUGGUUCCGAUAUCACAAUUGAAGAAAUUACUAGAGCAGUAAGUGCCUCGAAAGAUGGGAAAGCAAUUGGAAAGCAACCUUAUCAAAUUCCUGUUGAGUUACUCAGAUUGUUAGAUGAAGCAGGAAUGACGAUAUCCCAAAGAGAUUUUUCAACCAGAUCUAUAAAAAAGGAAAAUUCUAUGUCCAAUGGCUUGUAUCUACCUUUAUUUCUUUGCCAAAAAAUAACAACGCAACAAAGUGUAAAGACCACCGACUGAUAAGUCUAAUGAGCCAUUCUUUAAAAUUAUUCCUCAAAAUUCUUCACUACAGAAUCUCCACAAAAUCUGAUAAGCUUAUUGGUUGCUCACAAUUGGGAUUUAGAACAUGCCUGUCAAUCGUCAACCUUAAGAAUGACUUAAGGGAAACAUUUAGGAGUAGCAAAAACGUGGUAAAAUAACAAUAAUAAUGAAGUAGAAAAUAGGAAAAGGGGAGAUCCUCAUCCUGAUAUUUAAUAUUAUGGUUCUGAGAAAAAAAAGUGCUAAAUCAAAAAGCGUAUGAAAAAAUAAUAAAAACGAAUGUUCUACUGAAAAUAUAGUUAUAGUUCAUACCAAACCCUUCUGUCAGUGCGUCAUAGAUUAUCGAAUUCUCUCUAAAUCUUAAGUUGGAAGUGACAGAAAAACGUACCUCCGUAAUUAUUAUACGUAAAACUUAAAAAAUUAUGUAUUCGUUGUCGGGUAUUUGCAUAUUAAAGUGACAUAGAUAUAUACUUGGUUGGCGAUUACAAUACUUUAAGUAGAUAACCAAUCAAUGAUGCGAAUAAAGAUAAUUUGACACAAAAGUACUCGAUCGUGACAGUACUUUAAAAAUGUCAACGGGUAAUAUGACAAUUUGUAAUUUUAGAUUAGUAUUUUUAACAACUAAAGGUAAAUAUUUUAUGUCGGACAUUGUAUAGUGAAAUUUCAUUUUAUAUUUAUAUAUUUUUUCAUUCAAAUAUUUUAAAUAUUAAUAUUCUGGCAAAUAUUUGUAUAAAUAUUGAUAUUUAUAUAAAUAUAUAAAUAUUCUGACAACUGCUGCAAGACUGCAAGAUUUAACUAAAAUGUGAUGCAAUGAUUCGCGACAUUCUUAAAAUCCUAUAAUGACGUCAAAAUUAAUGACGCAUUGAAAAAUGGGUUUGGUAUGAACUUUAAAGCACUUUUCGUAAAUUGGAUAUCUUUUUGUUUUAAAUAAAAAAAGCAUCUGAUUGAUUCUAAAAAUGCACAUUAUCAUAAGUGUAUAUUUAUCAAUAUUAAAUUGUUAAUAAACAGAGUAUGUAGAGAAAAAAAUCCGUCUUAUAAUAUUUAUACAAGAAUUAGGUAAAGUCGAAGAAAAAAAUUAUUAAAUAAAAUAAAGACAAAACAUGACUUAUUACCCAUUAAAUAAUAAUUUGUUAAAAUGAUUUGUUAAAGCUUGUUUUUGGCAUUGAAUCGCUUUAAAGGUACAUUUUUGUAAGCACAAAUUAUAUGUUUAUACACAAUUUUAUCAUAUUUUUAAUAAUAUGUAAUAUUGAAUACUCAAUAAAAGGCAAUUUG